UGUUGGUUACGUAGAAUUUUAUGAAGAAGAGUCUGUUCCAAAAGCUCUGGCCUUGACUGGGCAGAAGCUCUUGGGAAUCCCAGUAAUCGUGCAAUUGACUGAAGCAGAAAAGAAUAGACAAGCCAGGCUGGCAGAACAAGCAGCAUCUCAUGCUACGGAUAUUGCAUAUCACCGGUUAUAUGUCGGAUCCGUUCAUUUCAAUUUAACAGAAGACGAUUUAAGGCAAGUUUUUGAGCCUUUCGGACCUUUAGAAUUUGUAAAUUUACAUAAGGAUCCCGAGACCGGCCGCUCCAGGGGCUUUGCCUUUAUUCAGUAUAAAAAUCCAGAGGAUGCAAAACAGGCAUUGGAAAAAAUGAAUGGAUUUGAAUUGGCUGGAAGAACGAUUAAAGUAGGUCUUGUCACUGACAAAAGUAGCGGCAUGAACCUGAACCUUGACGAUGGCGAUGUUGCUGGCUUGGCACUCAACGCGCAAUCAAGGGUGGAAUUAAUGCAAAA